ACUUCCUCCGAACAGUUCAAAAGUGUAGUGCAUGCUGUGUGUUUGAGUGUGCAGGCAUCCUGUUCCAGCCGGCGGUUUCAUAUGCGAUGAUGACGCUUUCAUAAAGGCCAGAGAGGAAAGAAGCAGUUUCAUGUGAAAAAGGCGCGUGUAGAUCGUUUCUAUCAAGCUCUGGAGAAGAUAUCAAAAAAGCAAGAUGUCUAAAGCCCACGUCUACCUGUAUGUCCUCGUGGCUCUGUCAUGUGUCUAUGGGGUGAUGUGUGUUGAUGGAGCAAACAGCACCACCAGGGCCACCACAAGCAAUUCUGCCAACACCUCACAGUCACAAGGCACCGAUCCAACUCAUCACAGCUAUGAGGAUUAUCCCAGUACUGUCACCACGAAUCCCACCAAAGAUGGCAAUAAUAACAGUGAUGCCGUAUUAGACAAUGGACACAAUAGUUCAACAACCGAAGAAGAUCAUACCAAUGCAGACAUAACAACCACCACUGUCAGUCAGACCACGUCUGAAAAUGUAACAUCCUCAAGGCCUGACAUCACGUCAGGCGUUUCCACCAUCACUAAGGCCUCUACGACUCCAGUAGGAAAAACUGAAGCCGCAAGUGGAGGUUCAGCCCAAGGCAUCGGGGUGGCCUUUCUUAUCAUCAUCUUGAUUAUCGUCAUCGCUCUUGCUGUCAUUCUGUACGUCCUUUGGAAGAAAGGAAGGAGCUACUCGUUUGAUCUGACCUACACGGGCAAUGACCACGACACCCCGCUGCGGAGCAUGGAACACGGGGGGGUCUUCGAACAGACCAGCAAAGAACUGUCUGCUGCAGAAUACGAUCAAGAGGAAAAACCCCACGAGACCAACUCUACGGCCAACGGGUGUGCAGGAGAGACGCCUAAACAAGCAGCAUCCUCUGAGCAGCAGAACAUGCCAGAAGAAGACAGCUUCAUGUCUGAUACCAGUCUGACUCCGCCCAUGAAAAAGGUGGACUUCAAUCUGGAUCUGGAUCUGAUAGGUGGAGAACUUGAACCUAAAGCUGAACCCAGUGACCCACAGCAAAAUGAAAACAACAACAACUUCACCAGCACUGGAAAUGAUACUUUGGACCUCUUCACUGAAAUUAACCUGGACGAGCCACAGUAACAAGACCAUAAUCAAAUAUGAAACUCCAUGGAGACUCUGUCAUUUUCUCUGCAGAGCACCUGAACGGCAUCAUACCAUAUUGUACAUUCAUAAAUAUAGCCUCUACAUACGCAAAGUACAUAUACAUACUCAUUUUUAUUAGCGCAAUUUGUUGUUUCUUAUUUUUUAUUUGUAUGAAAAAAUGUAAAAAUUGUAAAAAUGCAGUAUUUUUUAAUGUUUUUUUUUACUGCGGUUAAAUGAAAAUUAGUGAUCCCAAUAAACAGUAAACUUUA